ACGGAGGAAGAGGUGAGUUCAUAUUCUGACAAAGCUGUUCUCAUCCGUGUUGGUUGAAAAGUUAAGAUUCCAUCCACUGAUGAAGACUGAGUGAUACAUUUGGAAGCUCUGAAAAAGUUAGGAUUGUUUUGUCAAACGACUCCUGAGGUCAAGGUGUUUGACCUUUAAGCCGACGCAGACGAGAAGUCAAUAUUUUAAUAUUAAUCAAAUAGAACUUUUGAGCUCCUUAGCUUUCACUUUUAGUCGGGAUAGAUUUCGUUUAACUACUGGUUCUACUACUAUAUCAAGCACAAUUCAGACCAAAGAUUUGCAGUGAGACGAAACAGUUUUAGAACGUUGCAGAGAGAAGUUGCAGUGGUGUGAACUGGCCGGUCUGAGCUUGACUCAAGCCGGCUGAUGGUGUCAUGUGAAACUCUGAGGCUAAAAUCGCCGGCAGCUGGUUUUCAGCAGCCAAUCAGCUUGUAGUGAAGUCCGCUGCUCAAGUCAAAAUGACCGCAGACAACGCGUUCGCUUGCUGCGGCAGGUGCUUCAUCCCCGCCGAGCCCUCUGUUUCCGUCCUCAGGGUGUGCCGGUGUCGGAUGGUGGGUCGCUGCUGCUGCUUGCUGUAUGUGCUCAUGCCCUGGCCACAUACAUUAUCACUGACUGAUUAAUUGGUGCUGGUUAUUAAUAUUAUUGUGGCGUAUUGAUUACGAAAACAGUCUAUCUGAUGCUGGUUUUGUUUCUGCAACCGUAGCCGGUAUCUCACUAUAACUAUCCUUAUUCAUAUUUUAAGAAGCUACAAAUUAUAUUCAGUUACAAAAUAAGCCUGAAAAGCUGCAAACCAGAGCAGAAAUACAGAGAUUGUUGCAUAGAGAUGAUACACCGUCUCAUCUAGUUGACUUGGUGAGAACAUGGAACGUUGCAGAAGUUUCUUUGCAAGCAGUUGCCUGUUUCAACUCGUCUCACUGUGAAUCUUUGGUCUGAACUGGGCUUUAUAAAAAGCACAAGAGCUUAAGCAUAAGGAAUGAAUUAAACAGUGUUUUGUCUGCUAUCGUUAGCAUUUCCAGAUAAACAACAACACUGGAAUUUAUGCUGCGUUCGACUGUACUCGGAACUCGGAUAAAUCUGACCUCCGAAUCUGAAAAGUGCAAUAGAACGGCCCUUGAGCUCAGGACUCCGACUCGGGAAUUCGGGCAGGAUCCAAGCAGCCCGAGACGGUUGGAAUGAUGUCAUAGCAAAAUGGCGUUGCACACCGUGAGAGGUAAACAGAGUCACUUUCUCCUCAACUUUUACUGUUAUGUGUCGUCUAAUUUAGCAUUUGUGUUACUAAAAGUGUAGAAUUACUUUGUAGUGGCAUUUCCAUUCCCACUCUGUUAAUUUGUGAUUUAAAAAGCUCUGUGCGCGUAUGUAGUAGUAUUUCCCAUUCUGUACCCGUCUUUAAAAUAGACUUUCUGAUGGAUGGUUGUGACAGCAGCAAAGCAUACCUGUAAGGCAACAGAAAGUAAGACGUUUAUUUAUUUAUUUAGGCUAUUUAUUUUACAACCUAGAUGUUUAGGCAAGGGGGAAGUUAUGGAAAAGGGAAUAUAGUUCUGCGCGUACAAUGCAGCAAGACAGGCCAGUUGACACCUGCAUGGCUCGGUUUUACUUGUUGAUGCCCGUAUAAGGUCAAUGACGCAUGGAGGAUUCCCCUCGCUGGUGCGUUCAGGACUGUGUGUUGCAGAAGAGCGUAAGUUAUUUAAGUCAUACUUACAGCAUAUGAUUUUUCUGUUUCUCCCACAAGUAGCUAAUAUACUUCCCCAGCAGUAAUUUUUGAUGCUCGAAAAGCAUCCAAACAAACAUCCCCUUACUGUGGCCGGCCAUGUUUUCCGAGCUUGCGCAAUGAAACGCAUUUACCUUGGAAGUCGGAAUUUCCGACCCGGAUCUUUCAGAGUUCCGAGUGCAAUCGAACGCAGCAUUAAGGUCAUGUUGCCAGGUGUGUCCUGCUCUGUGCUGUUCUUUAGUAGUAGGACUAACUAGCUAACUUGCAACACAAUAAUAAUGUUCCUUUCUACAUGGAUCAUCAGCUCAAGAGAAUGCUGAUUUUGUCCCUUGGACCUGUUAGAUUUAGUCCCAGUCUGGUAGCCAGGCCCCCAGCUGCUCCACUCAGAGUUCGCGCUUCUCACACUCAUCCCUUGUGUGUAAAAGGAGAGGGAACGACACAUUGAUUUGUCGGGCAAUGCGCUCCCAAGUCUACCUCUUCCCUUGUGCUGUGAUCCCGGGACCGAAUUUCCCUCUUAAGACUCCUUUGUUCUCCUCCACGAGCUGUGCCAACAGCAGGCACUGCUCUUCUGUCCAAUUUGGCUUUCUCGUUCUUUUUUUCUCCAUUUCGUUCGUUGUUUUGGUCAUUCUGCCAAAUCAAACCGCUUUUUACAAGGAGGCCAGCAAUCACAGUAAUUGCUGACAGCUGAGUCUGCGUCCACCAUUAAUAUCAAAUAGAUUAAGUGGUAAAAUUACCAGCAUGGCGAGUAAACAUAACAAGCAAAUCAAUAUAAUAAUUGGCAUGUGAAUGAGGUACGUUCAAACAUUUUGAAGCUGUGUAACAAUUAAUUUAAUUUUGCUGAGUUUCAUCAUCAUGACAUAAAAUUAUUUUCACGAUUACACAUUUCUUAAUACAGUCUAAGUUCUAUGAUUGGUUGAUUUCACUGUCCAUUCAUUACUAGGAGCGCAUUUGUUUUUGUUUUGUUUUUUCUUUUUUCCUUUUUGUAACAACCAAUCACAGCUUUUAGAAGACUGCGUCAUACCUAGCAACGGGGUCAACCACACCUUCUCACUAAGAUAAAAGUUUCUGUCCCCUCCUUGCUCAGAGUUGCUCUCAAAAACUUCCUGAAUCACUCUUAAGCUAAGAUUCCUUGCUAGGAAUUUUUAGGCUAAGUUAGGAGCUCUCUGAGAGGACUCUGAGAAUCUUUGUGAUUCUGUUCCUGGACAGCCCACUCUCGCUAGUAGUUUACCAUCAAUGCAAACCAUGUCAUCCCAGCAGCCGCAAUCUGUGUACUCACAUAUCCAAACCCCCAAUGUUAUGGAUUUGUUCAUAGCCUCUGCUUAUGGGAUACCAAGGCCUUCACUUCCCGUGUUUAAGACUGGUUGAGAGAGUGAAUUUGCCCUUCUGAAAAUGGCUCUGGAUAACCUCCUUGACAACCACCCACAUCUUACUGAACAGUAUAAAUAUCAGAUCCUCUUGCAACAUCUGCAGCACCCAGGAGCCAACAAAUUAGCCAGAUCCAGCAUGCAUGAUGCAAGACCAUAUUCCACAGCUCUCCUAGCACUUCAAGAGAAAUAUGGUCAGCCAAGACUGCUAGUUCAGAGCGAAAUUGGAGCAAUAUUGAACUCCCCCUUUAUUCGCAUAGGUGAUGUGGAGGCCUUUGAUGAUUUGUCCCUUUCUGUUCAUGCUCUGGUGGGAAUGUUGCUGUCCCUAGAGGGCCCUAAUGGGUCUGAAUUAAGAUGUGCCUCUCAUGUUGACAGACUCCUCAGUAAACUCCCUGUCCAGUACAGAGAUGGUUUUGUUGAGCACUGUAUUAAUCGUGGUAUUCUGACCGGGCAGGCAAACCAAACCUAUUCCCUCCUUGACCUUUCAACAUGGCUACAGUCAAAGUCAAGAGCCAAACGCAUAUCAGAGAGAGCUGUUGAGCUCCACAAGCAGGAAAGACCACGAACAGAAAAGGAACACCAGCCCUCCAGACAAGCCUCCUCUGUCUACCUGUCAACAUCUGAGAUGGAUGGCACACCAAGAGUUUAUAUCAAAGACAAGGUAAAUGUAAAUAAGUCCAAGCCUUACUGUCCCCACUGUAAUGUCAAAGACCACUUCCUUGGUUCAUGCACAGAAUUCAAAAAACUCUCCAAAGCUGACAUUGUAAAAUGGAUCAAGAAGGACAGAUGUCUUAAAUGUGGGAGAACACACAAAAUGGACAAAUGCAUCCUAAAGCGGCCAUGCAACAUCUGUAAGGAGGUUCACCUGACCGUUCUCCAUGAUGUAAGUGCAAUCAAAUCAGCCACAGUGAUGUUGACAUCCUCUCCCUCAGACCUCAUCUACAUGGACAAACCUAACCGCUCCUGUAAAAUCAUGCUGAAAGUUGUUAAUGUGUAUCUCCACAAUGGGGAAAAGACCCUUGCAAUUCAUGCAGUCCUCUGAUGGUGCAGAUAGAUCUAUCCUGCUCCCUCAAGCUGUCCAGUGUUUAGGUCUCACAACUCAGCCUGAAACCAUCUCACUACGUACAGUGAGACAGGAUGUAGUACAACUGCAUGGAGCAUCUGUAUCCUUUGCAAUCUCCCCUAUCAACCAGCCAACUGAAAAGCAUGUUAUCCAUGGAGCAUUCACUGCAGAGAACCUUGGACUGUCAGAGCACACAUACCCCAUGAAGCAGCUACAAGAGCAGUAUCAUCAUCUCAGAGGUAUCCCAUUACAGUCUAUUGAUCAUGCAUGCCCCCUUGUCCUCAUUGGCUCAGACUAUGCCCAUCUUAUUACAGCCACAGAGCCAAUAUGAUCCUCUGGGCUAUCUGACCCCUUUUACAAUCCGUGCAAAGAUUCUGGUACAGGAUUUAUGGAAGCAGGAGAGAGGAUGGGAUAACCUCAUCAAAACAAAUAGCUUGCUGGAGAAAUGGCAAGCAUGGGAACUGGAACUGAAGGAUCUUCCUGAUAUUCACUUUCCCCGCUGCUAUCUGCCCCCCUGUACCAACGCAGCCGCUUCAGAAUCCCAUAUGCAUGUAUUCUGUGAUGCCUCUGAUCGUGUGUAUGGUGCUGUUGCCUACCUUCAGACUAAAGAUCAGCAUGACCACACCCAUGUCAGUUUCACCAUGGCCAGAUCUCGUAUAGCUCCUAAACGCCAACUAUCUAUCCCUCGCCUGGAACUAUGUGCAGCCCUUUCCGGUGCCCAGCUGGCUAACCUCCCCAGUUCCGAACUCACCAUUCCACUACAGUCAGUGAAUCUCUGGACAGAUUCCACAACAGUCCUGUCAUGGCUGACAUCUGACUCCUGUCGUUAUAAGGUGUUUGUCGGCACAAGAAUAGCGGAGAUCCAGACUCUGACUGACACAUCGAACUGGAGAUAUGUUGACUCGAAGAAUAAUCCAGCUGACUACCUGACACAGGGCAAAACACUCCUAGAACUUUCCCAGCAACACAGAUGGAGUCAAGGCCCUCCAUUCCUUUUGCUGAAUAUCGACUGCUGGCCAGCCCAUCCUUGUGGGGUAGCUGAAUCAGAGCCUGUUGAGGAACUCAGGAAGUCCAUGUUCUGUGGUGCAGUGAUGUCAGAUGACAUUAACAACCCUGACGAUCUGAACAAGUACAGCAGUUGGGAUGAUCUGAUGAAGGAAACGAAGAAUAUGCUACAAGGGGCGGUAGAUCACGACCCAAACAUAGCUCAAAGCUAUAUACAGUCAGAGAAGCAUCUUCUGCAAAGGGCCCAAUUAGAGUGCUUUCCUGAUGAAGUCAAUGCUCUCAAAACUGGUAAAACCAUAUCAAAAGGUAGCAAACUACUCCCUCUGUCUCCUGAAUAUGACACUGAUCUUGGCCUCAUCAGAGUAGGUGGUCGACUUCGAAGAGUGGAGACCCCUGACCAUGACAACAUCCAUCCAAUUAUAUUGGAUCCAAAACAUCACAUAACCAAACUCAUCAUAAAACAUUAUGAUGAGAAACUACUUCACCCAGGCCCUGAGCGUGUCCUGGGAGAGAUUAGACGCAGGUACUGGAUCCUGCGUGGUCGCCAAGCUAUUCGUCAGCAUCAACGCCAUUGUCAGGACUGUCAGAGAUGGAGAGCCAACCCAAUCAUUCCCAAAAUGGCAGACCUUCCUCCAGCCCAUCUUAGACUUUUCAAGCCCCCCUUCUGGUCGACAGGCAUGAACUGCUUUGGCCCUUUCACUGUGAAAAUCGGCCGUCGCACAGAGAAGUGAUGGGGCAUACUCUUCAAAUGCUUAACAACAUGCUGCAUACAUCUUGAGUUGCUUGAUAGCAUGGAUGCAGAUACAUUUCUAAUGGCAUUCAGAAGAUUUGUCUCACGCAGAGGGAAACCCUUUGAAUUCCAAACCUCUCGGAUACAUCUCCUCUGACCUUGCUGAUCCAGACCCAGUAACACUAAAUAUGUUGCUGAUGGGGCAGCCCGACUCCUCUCUUCCUCAGGCGAUCUACUGUGCAAGUGAACUCCUCGGCAGACGAAGAUGGCGUCACAGUCAGAUCUUGGCUGAUCAUUUUUGGACAGCCUUCAUUCGCUAUUACCUUCCAAACCUUCAAACCAGGCAAAAAUGGGAGACCGACAAGAAAAACUUGGAUUCAGGUCAGGUUCUACUGAUAGUUGACCCCCAGUAUCCUCGAGCAUCAUGGCCUAUCGGAAGGAUAACUGAAACCUGCCCUGGAAACGAUGGAAAGGUUCGCAGUGCUAAGAUCAUUAUCCAAGGCCGAGAAUACCUACGCCCUGUUUCCAGAUUGAUCCCACUGCCUGAAAUCACUGAUGAAGCCAGAUGAAAUGUAUUUGCUACACAAAUCCGGGGGCGGCUGUCAGAAAGUGCCGGUUCAUGUUCCCUCCUCUCCACUAGGAGGAGGCACCCAAUGGUGGCUCAGGGUAUCAGUGGUACCUCCCACUCUAUAAAUAGAGGCCUGAAGAUCACUUCCUCCUCUUUGUCUCCAAGCACUCACACCUUGACUGAGUGUUUGUCAGGUGUUUGCCGGUGUUUGCCAUGUGUCUUUUGGUUUGACCUCCAAUAACCAUGGUAAUCAUCCUGCAACAUCACAGAACCAACAUUCACCCUGUGAUUUAAAAUAAAUUGGAUGAUUGAUUGAUUGCAAUCCUGUUUCCUGGUGGUUGUGUGGCUCCAGUCAGAACUUCCAUUCACUACAGUCACUAAGAGCUACUUUUAGUCUUAGGAUUCUUUGUGAAUACGGGCCCAGAUGUUCAGCUGUUGAUUCAAGAUGUUUUAGUGAUAACAGAGUAUCAUAUGCAUAGUAACUGGAUGUCAUGAUUUGGAAAUAAGUGAGCCAGGAGCAGCAUAUAGACAGAAAAAAUGAAGGAAGAUGGACCUAAGGAGGUAAAGUGAUCAUCCCUAGCAGGUUUUGAAUGUGUUUUCUUUCUUCUAAUGUUUUCUUAACUGUGAUAAAACAGAAAUUUACAGUUAUUUUGUAAUGUAUCA